AUGGGACUAACUUCACAAAAAUUGAGAUUUCAAGACAUUGAUAUGAGUCUAAUUCCUGCAGCAAAAUGGUCUACAAAGUUACAGUACUUAUUAUACAGUUGGUGUCAGACAAUAUUACAUUUGGCGAUGUUUUCAUCAGAUGUAUAUACAUGCAUUAAAUUGCUGGCAUUCAAUACAUGGUCAAACAAUAUUAUCCAACCUUUCUUGGCGUUCCGAAUUUCCAAGUGGUUGUUUAGUGGGUGCAUACUGUGCUCUACAGUUAUACUAAUCAUAGAGCUGAUAAUUGGGUUGAAAGUGUAUAAAAGAAAAGAGAUUACAUCAAAUUAUAUGAAUGGAAUUAGCAGGUUAAUAAAUUGUCUUUUCAAUUUCAAAAAGUACCAAAUUUUUGAGAUGAUAGUGUUGAGUGAUGAAAAAAAAUUCAGUAAAUGGUUAUUUUUUUCAUAUUUUGAAAUCAGUGGAUGCUUGAAGCUAGUAUUUGGUGAUUCUCCGAGACAAAUAAUAAAUGGAUUAACUUUAUGGUCAGUUUUACUGACAGUUUCCAAUGAAAACAACAGUAAUACUAACGGCACACAAAGUUUGAGUAAUUUAGACAACCUGAAUGGUAUAAUAAACAAGAUAAAACAUAUUGCCAAGACAAAUUAUGAAGAAAGUGUGAUUUUGUCUUUCAUGCUAUUUUCCUUUAUCAUAUGGGUGAUUUUAAUAAGUAAACUAACUAUAAGUGUGAUAAUAUUCGUUAUAUCUAUACAUCCAAGAUUCUUACCUAACGAAAUGAAGGCCAAAGGGUAUGAGUUAAAACUAAAGAAAUAUGUGUCCAAGGUCAUCGAUGAGAAUUUGAGUAAGACGGUUCGUAAAUUGGGGAUACUGAGAGAUGAUGAGGAAGAUAGAACCAUAUAUGGGGACGACGAGAUGAAAAAAGUAGUCGAUUACGACAGCACCGAUUAUGGUGACGAAAAUACAAUACCGAGUUAUUACUGUUACUCAGAUGGAGAGGUGUUCGAAAGAGUGUAUACGCCUACAAAAGUAUAUUUCCCACAAAAUUAUAAAUACAAGUGUAUGUGA